CUCAGUCAGCCAGCCAGGGGAGGUUUGAUGGUUCCUCUCUGCCACGGGUUGGUGACCGACUGAGCGGGGGAGGAAAAAAAAAAAAAAAAAAGUGACUGGGAAGCGGUCUUCAAGGCGAAGGCUGGAAGUUUCGACUCCCUUUUUCUCUGCUGUGUUCCGGAUAAAGUGGUCGCCAUGCCGGUGUUUCACACGAAGACGAUAGAAAGUAUCCUGGAGCCGGUGGCCCAGCAGAUAUCCCAUCUGGUGAUCAUGCAUGAGGAAGGCGAGGUGGACGGCAAGGCGAUCCCAGACUUGACGACACCGGUGGCGGCCGUGCAGGCGGCUGUGAGCAACCUGGUCCGGGUGGGGAAGGACACUGUCCAAACCACAGAGGAUCAGAUCAUGAAAAGGGACAUGCCACCAGCGUUCAUCAAGGUGGAGAAUGCGUGCACCAAGCUGGUCAAGGCCGCGUCCAUGCUGAAAGGCGACCCAUACUCGGUUCCUGCUCGAGACUACCUCAUCGACGGCUCUCGGGGGAUCCUCUCUGGGACCUCAGACCUGCUCCUGACCUUUGACGAGGCUGAGGUUCGCAAAAUAAUCCGGGUCUGCAAAGGGAUCCUGGAGUACCUGACUGUAGCAGAGGUGGUGGAGUCCAUGGAGGACCUGGUCACGUACACAAAGAACCUGGGACCAGGUAUGACCAAGAUGGCCAAGAUGAUCGACGAGCGACAACAGGAGCUGACCCACCAGGAGCACCGCGUCAUGCUGGUCAACUCCAUGAACACGGUCAAGGAGCUGCUGCCCAUCCUCAUCUCAGGUAUCAAAAUCUUCGUGACCACAAAGACGUUCGGCGGCCAGGGCGUGGAGGAGGCCUUAAAGAACCGCAACUUCACGUUCGAGAAGAUGAGCGCGGAGAUCAACGAGAUUAUUCGAGUGCUGCAGCUCACGUCCUGGGACGAGGACGCCUGGGCUAACAAGGACACAGAAGCCAUGAAACGAGCUCUGGGGCUUAUCGAUUCCAAGAUGGCUCAGGCGAAGAACUGGCUGCGCGACCCAAAUGCGCCGCCGGGCGACGCAGGGGAACAGGCCGUCCGACAGAUCCUGGACGAAGCCGGCAAAGUCGGGGAAUUGUGCGCCGGUCGGGAGCGCAGAGACAUCUUGGCCACGGCUAAGACCUUGGGUCAGAUGACCGACCAGGUGUCCGAAAUGAGGGCCAGAGGUCAGGGGGCGUCACCGGCCGCUAUGCAUAAGGCCCAGCAGGUUUCCCAGGGCCUCGACGUCCUGACCGGCAAGGUGGAAAAUGCCGCUCGCAAGCUGGAAGCCAUGACUAACUCCAAGCAGGCCAUCGCUAAGAGAAUCGACGCGGCGCAGAACUGGCUGGCCGAUCCCAACGGCGGUCCGGAGGGGGAGGAGAACAUCAAGGCCCUCCUGAUGGAGGCCAAGAAGAUUGCCGACAUGUGCGAGGACCCCAAAGAAAGAGACGACAUCCUGCGGUCGAUUGCCGAGAUCGCAGGCAUGACUGCCAAGCUGUCUGACCUCAGAAGACAGGGCAAAGGUGACACUCCUGAAGCCAGGACUUUAUCUAAACAGAUCGCGACAGCCCUGCAGAACCUCCAGUCCAAGACCAACAAAGCAGUGGCCAACAGCAGGCCCGCUAAGGCAGACGUUCACUUGGAAGGAAAGAUCGAGCAGGCGCAGCGAUGGAUCGACAACCCCAACAUGGACGACAACGGCGUGGGCCAGGCGGCCAUCCGCGGGCUGGUGGCCGAAGGCCGCAGGCUGGCCAACGCCCUGCCGGGCCCCGCCAGGCAGGAUCUUCUGGGCAGAUGCGAGCAUGUGGAGCAGCUCAUGGCGCAGCUGGCCGAUCUGGCGGCUCGGGGCGAAGGCGACUCCCCUCAGGCUCGCGCCGUGGCUCAUCAGCUACAGGAAGCCUUGAAAGACCUCAAAGGCAAAAUGCAAGAGGCGAUGACUCAGGAGGUUUCGGACAUCUUCAGCGACACCACCACCCCCAUCAAGCUGCUGGCGGUGGCAGCCACCGCCCCCUUGGAAGCGCCCAACAGGGAUGAGGUCUUUGAGGAGAGGGCCGCCAACUUCGAGAACCACGCCAACAGGCUCGGCGCCACCGCCGAGAAGGCGGCCGCCGUGGGCACCGCCAACAAGAGCACGGUGGAGGGCAUCCAGGCGGCCGUCAAGUCAACCAGAGACUUGACGCCACAGGUGGUUUCUGCCGCCCGGAUCCUGCUGAGAAACUAUGGCAACCAGGCGGCGUACGAACAUUUUGAGACCAUGAAGAAUCAGUGGAUCGACAACGUGGAGAAAAUGACAGGUCUGGUGGACGAAGCCAUCGACACCAAGUCUCUCCUGGACGCCUCCGAGGAAGCCAUCAAGAAGGACCUGGACAAAUGCCGCGUGGCCAUGGCCAACCACCAGCCUCAGAUGCUGGUCGCCGGCGCCACCAGCAUCGCCCGCCGAGCCAACCGCAUCCUCCUGGUGGCCAAGCGGGAGGUGGAGAACUCUGAGGAUCCCAAAUUCCGGGAGGUGGUGAAGGCCGUGUCGGAUGAGUUGAGCCAGACAAUCUCACCGAUGGUGAUGAACGCCAAAGCAGUGGCCGGGAACAUCCAGGAUCCAAAUCUUCAGAAGGGCUUUCUGGACUCUGGUUAUAAGAUACUUGGAGCUGUCGCUAAAGUGAGGGAGGCGUUCCAGCCUCAGGAGCCAGACUUCCCACCACCUCCCCCUGAUCUCGAGCAACUAAACCUUAACGACGAGCCAGCUCCACCCAAACCCCCUCUCCCCGAAGGCGAGGUUCCUCCUCCCAGGCCCCCACCCCCCGACGAGAAAGACGAGGAGUUCCCCGAGCAGAAGGCUGGCGAUGUGGUCAACGAGCCCAUGAUGGUGGCGGCCAGGCAGCUGCACGACGAGGCUCGCAAGUGGUCCAGUAAGGGUAACGACAUCAUCGGGGCGGCCAAGCGCAUGGCCCUGCUGAUGGCCGAGAUGUCCCGGCUGGUGCGCGGCAGCAGCGGGACCAAGCGCGCCCUCAUCCAGUGCGCCAAGGACAUCGCCAAGGCUUCCGACGAAGUCACGCGACUCGCCAAGGAGGUGGCCAAGCAGUGCACGGACAAACGCAUCAGGACCAACCUCCUCCAGGUGUGCGAGCGCAUUCCCACCAUCAGCACCCAGCUCAAGAUCCUGUCCACGGUCAAGGCCACCAUGUUGGGUCGCACCAACAUCAGCGAAGAAGAGUCCGAACAGGCUACCGAGAUGCUGGUCCACAACGCCCAGAACCUGAUGCAGUCCGUGAAGGAGACGGUCAGGGAGGCCGAGGCGGCGUCCAUCAAGAUCCGGACGGACGCUGGUUUUACCCUCCACUGGAUCAGGAAAACGCCCUGGUACCAGUAAAGACCAGGACCGGACGGCUUGCUCUGCGCCACGCUGGUGCUGUCCACAUGCUGAAUGGACAGCUGUUAAGUCUCACGUCUGUAAGAGUUGCUGUCCUGAAAACUAAGCAGGUUUUUGCCUUGGAUCCUUACUGGGAGUGUGUGUAAAAAUGUGCUUAUUUCGACAAAUCCCGGGAAUAUAUAUAUUUUGAUGAAAGCUUGGAUUUCUUUUAGGUUUCAGAUCUUUGUACUGAUAACUGUAGCUCACAGCGCAAGACUAUUAUAGACCUACACAAAUACCAUUGUAGAUAACAGAAAUCUUACAGACCUACACACGAAUAUUAUAGACCUGCACAAAGACUAUUGUAGACCAACACAAGAUCUAUAGACCACAAAAGACCAUUACAGACAUUCACAGGUCUUUUCUAGACAAACACAAGACUAGUGUAAAGCUACAAAAGACGAUUAUUGAUUUACAAGACUUGUAGGCAACACAAGCCUUAGACCUACGCAAGAUUAUUGUAAACCUACACAAAUACUUGUUGACAACACAAGACCUACAGAGACCUAAACAAGGGACUUGGAAACCAACACAGGACAUAUAAACUUACACAAGGCUUAUAUAGACCUGAACAAAGACUAUUGUAGACCAACGCAAGAUGUAUAGACCUACAGAAGAAUACUACAGACAUUCACAGGUCUUUUCUAGACCGACACAAGACUUAUAAGCCUAUGCAAGACUAUUACAGACAUCACAAGUCUAUUCUAGACCAACAAAAGACUAUUAUAGACUAACAAAAGAUGUGUAGGCAACACACGCAAGAUUUUUAUGAACCUACAGAAAGACUUGUGGACAACACAAGACUUAGAGACCUAAACAAUGGACUUGGAAACCAAUGAAGGACAUAUAAACCUACACAAGAAUAUUACAGACAUCACAAGUAUAUUCUCAACCAACACAAAACCUAUUAACCUACACAAGACUAUGAAAGACCAACACACAACUUUUAAACCUACUCAGGACGUACGUCUUAUAAGACCUACAUAAGUCUAUUUUAGACCAACACAAGUAUUCUAGGCCUAAACAAGGCCCUUUUAGACAACACAAUAUUUAGAAACCCACACAAGACUAUUACAAAUACAAAUAUUAAAAAUAUAUUAUCAACUGGCACAAAAAGUAUACAUCAACACAAGAAUAUUAGAUGUAUAAGCCUUGAAAGACUUUGGAGGACCUACACAAGUCUAUUCAAGACCAACAUAAGACCAUUUUAGACCUACACACAACUAUAGUAGAAAACACAAGGCAGAUAGACCGACACAAGACUAAUACAGAAGUCUCAAGUCUGUUCUAGACCAACACAAGACUAUUGUAAACCUACAUGUAUAAGCUUUGAGACUUUGGAAGACCUACACAAGUCUAUUUAAGACCAACAUAGGACUAUUUUAGACUUACAUACAACUAUAGUAAAAAUACAAUGCAUGUAGACCUACAGAACUCUAAUACAGAAGUCACAAGUCUAUUCUAGACCAACACAAGACUCAUAAACAUACACAUGACUAUUGUAAACCUACAUGUAUAAGCUUUCAAAGACUUUGGAAGACCUACACGAGUCUAUUUUAGACUUACAUAGAACUAUAGUAAAAAUACAAAGCAUAUAGACCUACACAAGUCUAAUACAGAAGUCACAAGUCUAUUCUAGACCAACACAAGACUCAAACAUACACAAGACUAUUGUAAACCUACAUGUAUAAGACUUUGGAAGACAUACACAAGUCUAUUUUAGUCCAACAUAAGACUAUUUUAGACUUACAUACAACUAUAGUAAAAAGACAAUGCAUUUAGAAACACACAAUUACACAAGUCUAUUAUAGACCAGCACAAGACUCAUGAACAUACACAAGAAUAUCACAGACCUGCAUUACACUUAUAAGCCCGCACAAGACAAUGACAGAUCUACACAAGUCUAUUCCACACCAACACAAGACCUUUUAUAGACCUACACAAGAUUCAUAAACAUACACAAGACUAUCGCAGACAUGCAUUACACUUAUAAACCCGCACAAGACAAUGACAGAUCUACACAAGUCUAUUCCACACCAACACAAGACCUUUUUAGACCUACACAAGACUCAAACAAACACAAGACUAUCGCAAACCUGCAUUACACUUAUAAGCCCGCACAAGACAAUGACAGAUCUACACAAGUCUUUUCUGCACCAAAACAAGACCUUUUUAGACUUACACAAGACUAUUGCAGACCUGCAUUACACUUAUAAGCCCGCACAAGACAAUGGCAGAUCCUCGCAAGUCUAUUCCACACCAUCACAAGACCUUUUUAGACCAACACAAGACUCAUAAACAUACACAAGACUAUCGCAGAUAUGCAUUACACUUAUAAGCCCACACAAGGCAAUGCCAGAUCCUCGCAAGUCUAUUCCACACCAACACAAGACCUUUUAUAGACUUACACAAGACUCAUAAACAUACACAAGACUAUCGCAGACAUGCAUUACACUUAUAAGCCCGCACAAGAUAAUGGCAGAUCCACGCAAGUCUAUUCCACACCAACACAAGACAUUUUUGUAGACCUACACAAGACUCAUAAACAUACACAAGACUAUCGCAGACCUGCAUUACACUUAUAAGCCCGCACAAGACAAUGGCAUGUCCAUUCCACACCAACACAAGACCUUUUUAGACCUACACAAGACUCAUAAACAUACACAAGACUAUCGCAGACAUGCAUUACACUUAUAAGCCUGCACAAGACAAUGCCAAAUCCUCGCAAGUCUAUUCCACACCAACACAAGACCUUUCAUAGACCUACACAAGACUCAUAAACAUACACAAUACUAUCGCAGACAUGCAUUACACUUAUAAGCCCGCACAAGACAAUGACAGAUCUACACAAGUCUAUUCCACACCAACACAAGACCUUUUGUAGACCUACACAAGACUCAUAAACAUACACAAGACUAUCGCAGACCUGCAUUACACUUAUAAGCCCGUACAAGACAAUGGCAGAUCCACGCAAGUCUAUUCCACACCAACACUAGACCUUUUAUAGACCUACACAAGACUAUUAUAGACCCACACUUACAUACGUAUGGUUACACUAUUCUGUAUUAAAAAUAAACACUGCUCAGUUUGUUACAUAGUGACAUAUUUUUAGCACAUUUUCUCCGCCGAAGCCUUUUUUUUUUUUUUUUUUUUUUUUUUGCUGCGAUGCUAUACGGAUAACAACAGUAGACUGUGUCCAUGUUGCAUUGAGAUUAAAAUUGGAAAAAGCACAGUUAUGAUCUAAAAUCCCGUUAAGAAAACGAGACUCGGAAGCAAACUAGCACAACCAGUGUGCCUUUGAAAUUGACUUUUUUUUUUUUUUUUGGUCAUUUGAAGAUACUUUUGCACAGGCAAAACUUCCACCUGCCUCGCUAUGCAAACACUGUGAGAGUCAGUCAGAAUCAUUAAGAUGUGCCUCCAUGAUCACUAUUUUGUAAUAAAGCAUUUUUUAGCACUUGG